UUUGUGUAUUUUCCAGUUGCAGAACGGAACACGUGUCAAAUUUCAUAAUUAUAAAAGUAUUUCACUGCAAUGCCAAUAGAAAAUAGGAACAAUUCGAGCACUGAGACGAUGGACUCAAAGACGACGCUAGAAAAUCCGAUUAAAUCGACCUUCGUGGCCAUACGCGCACACCAUGUCGAGGGGGUGGCACUGUGUGCAAGAGUCACGGAGGAAAUCAGCCUGAUGGCCGUGGCCAAGGCCAACUUCUCGAUCCACAUCUUUGGGCUAAGACUCCAUGAGAUCGGUGAAGACGCGUACUGGACCAGCGGCGAGACAAUCACGCUGCAAGGUCACAAUAGCACAGUCUACAUUGGAUCCUUUUCAUCCGACGGCUAUCACCUAAUAACGUGCUCGGACGAUUUUGACAUGCGCAUGUGGAACAUACAAUCCAAGAGCUGUGUGGGCUUCUGUCCGCGAACCAACAGCUACAUUCGCGACAUCGCGUUUGACUCAAAUCACACUCCAUUUGCCACUGUCGAGGACGUUGGCUACGCAUCCAUAUGGGAGGCGGACGGCCGGAAUAUAUAUUACCUGAAAAGAGUUUACCAGGAGUCGCCAUUGACGGUCUGCAUAUUUCAUCCUUCCAAAAAAUACAUCGUCUCUGGCUCGGCCUCGUGCGUGGUCCGUAUGUGGGAUCACGCUUCAGACGACUUUGCCAUCAACAUCGAUUUGGGUCACAAGAGUGCGAUCACUGCCCUGGCCUUUUCCUUGCUCGGUAAAUACCUGGUCGCAGGUGCUGAAGACGGUAUUAUCCUUGUCUGGGACGUACAGCGCAAGGUGUUGAUGCGCCGCCUCAGCCAACACAAGGCAGCCAUUACCUCGAUUGACUUCUCGUUGGACAACACUAGGUUCGCCGUGGGGAGCCAGGACACCCAGAUGAGUGUCUGGGACUCUAUAAAGCUCGUACUGGCCAGCGAGAGGUGGAUGUCUCACAAUAUUAGCGAUAAGGAUCUACUGAUGGACUCGCGCAGUAGCGAGUGUGGAAACGUGCUGAAAGUUCGCUUCGUCAGCGACCGUCACCUGAUGGGCAUCUGCGUGGAAACAUCAGGGGACGACAAGUAGUUGCCCUAGAUGCCAGAGCCAGUAUAUGUAGCUGAACAUUUUUGGAAAUUUUUAUUUAAAUUAGUUUCGUUUUAUUUGAACAGAGAACUGAGAAUUGUAACCAAAAACCAAACGAUGAUUAAAUUGUAAUUGUAAUCAGCUAUAAAGUAGCUGUACAUAUCUCCU